AUUAGGCAUUCAUUCUCUAAGCUUGGAAGGGGAGUUUAAUGGAUUUAUGGCAGAAAGCGCGGAGCUUCGCGGAGGAAGCUGCAAAGCGAUCACAUGAGUUCACUAUAGAAGCCGCUAAGCGUACACAAGAGCUCAACAUUGGCUCCUCCAAGUUAUCCGACGUCGUUUCCGAAGCUUCCAAGCGUUCAAUGGAGAUUGCAGCCGAAGCUUCUAAGCGCUCUAAGGAGAUCGUUGCGGAAGCUUCCAAACGCGCCGACCAGAUCAAGUUUCAAAUUCCAACCGCCGCUAGCUUUGUGGACACGUCAUCAUCUUCCAAUGAAACUGCUUCGGCUGGUCCUACGCAGGCUGAUCUCGACAAGUUUGGAGUAACUGAUGACUUGAGAGAGUUCGUUAAGGGCAUCACUAUUAACACUUUCCAGAAUUUUCCACUCCAAGAUGAGUCACAGAUGUCUGAUAUUCCUACAGUCUCAAACGUUCGGCAGGAUCUCACAGAAUUUCAGGAAAAACACGCAAAACUUGUUCUUUCAUCUGUCAAGGAAAUCUCAAAGUUGAGGUAUGAGAUAUGCCCCCGCAUAAUGAGAGAGAGAAAGUUCUGGAAAAUCUACUUCAUUCUAGUUAACAGUCAUGUGGCACCGUAUGAAAAGAAAUACAUGGACGCAGUGAAAAUAAAAUCUGCUGAAAAGGAAAAAAGCGAGGAGGCAAAGAAUAUUUCAUCAGCCGGAACAACCUCUAAACGAGUGAUUGGGGAAACAAUCCAGACAAACAAGAAGGAAGCCUCAUCAACAGCUGACCAGGAUUUGGAUGUUUACCUUCUAGGAGAGGAAAGCGAUGGAGGGCCAGAUGAUGGGGAGAAUGCUUUUGACGAUGAUUUUGACAAGAUAUAGAUAGGUGAGCAUGAUUUUGUUGUUCGCUAUAAAUCUGUAUUUUACUAUUUGGUUAUCUGUAUAUCUCCACUCUCAUGAAAUGCUGAGACCAUAGCUAAGUCAGAAGUUCCAUUCUCUUCAUGCGUUUUUCUUUCCUUUUCAACUUUCUUUUCUAUGCUGGAGUUGCAGAAGAUAAGGUAGGUGGCUGAGGAGGACAGUCGGUAUAUAAUGAUGUUCAUUUCCGAGGUGUAAAUUAAACGUUCGUUUCUGGCCUUAUUAUUUAGCUGUUGUACUGUCUACUUUUCGUUCUA